AUGAGCAAGAGUCAAGUUGUUAGCGCUGAAGGUAUGAAGGCUGAAAGAAAGGUAUAUCGUAUAAUAGAUAAAGCUAUAGGUGUGGAAGAGAUAGCAGGAACAAUAACUGUAGAAGAGGAGUGCCUAGGGAAGACUCAGCAGGAACUGACAAUAGCUGUAGACGAGGAGGGCCUAGAGAAGCCUCAGCAGGAACUGACAAUAGCUGUAGACGAGGAUUGCCUAGAGAAGACUCAGCAGGAACUGACAAUAGCUGUAGACGAGGAGUGCCUAGAGAAGACUCAGCAGGAACUGACAAUAGCUGUAGACGAGGAGUGCCUAGAGAAGACUCAGCAGGAACUGACAAUAGCUGUAGACGAGGAGUGCCUAGAGAAGACUCAGCAGGAACUGACAAUAGCUGUAGACGAGGAGUGCCUAGAGAAGACUCAGCAGGAACUGACAAUAGCUGAACUGACAAUUGCUGUAGACGAGGAAGUGCCUAGAGAAGACUCAGCAGGAACUGACAAUUGCUGUAGACGAGGAGUGCCUAGAGAAGACUCAUCAGGAACUGACAAUUGCUGUAGACGAGGAGUGCCUAGAGAAGACUCAGCAGGAACUGACAAUAGCUGUAGACGAGGAGUGCCUAGAGAAGACUCGGCAGGAACUGACAAUAGCUGUAGACGAGGAGUGCCUAGAGAAGACUCAGCAGGAACUGUAGACGAGGAGUGCCUAGAGAAGACUCAGCAGGAACUGACAAUAGCUGUAGACGAGGAGUGCCUAGAGAAGACUAAGCAGGAACUGACAAUUGCUGUAGACGAGGAGUGCCUAGAGAAGACUCAGCAGGAACUGACAAUAGCUGUAGACGAGGAUUGCCUAGAGAAGACUCAGCAGGAACUGACAAUAGCUGUAGACGAGGAGUGCCUAGAGAAGACUCAGCAGGAACUGACAAUAGCUGUAGACGAGGAUUGCCUAGAGAAGACUCAGCAGGAACUGACAAUAGCUGUAGACGAGGAGUGCCUAGAGAAGACUCAGCAGGAACUGACAAUAGCUGUAGACGAGGAUUGCCUAGAGAAGACUCAGCAGGAACUGACAAUAGCUGUAGACGAGGAGUGCCUAGAGAAGACUCAGCAGGAACUGACAAUAGCUGUAGACGAGGAUUGCCUAGAGAAGACUCGGCAGGAACUGUAG